UUUAUUCACGUCCAGGACAGAAUGACGAGGCAGGGAAUAUAUGUAAUGUAAAAAUGCAUAACGUGUUUGGAAUGUUACAAAAGUCACUAAGAGUGAAAUGAGAAAUAUUUAUUGCUCCAGGAAAAGUAUAAGCGUUUAGAUAUAGGCAGAGAGUUGAAGGUUUUAGAACACUACAGCUAUAGGACGUGUGCAGUAGAUUAUAAACUAUAAAUCCGAAAUACGUACCCAGCAAUUUUCGAGUAGAUCGACAUUAUUGGUACUUGGUCACUACGUCAGUGUACCGGCAGUUGCCUAGCUACAGCUGUACACACAAGAUCAAAGUGAUACAACUAGCAGGCGCUUUUCUUGGAAAGUAUAUGGAACGUAGUCAUAGAGUAACUAGCAGUGUCUAUCUAGCGACCUACAUAAAACUUAUGUUCAGUCAUAAACUGCGUAACAACUGAAAAUCCUAAUGUUGCUGCUUGUGCUGUUUUCACCUGCCUGGUUCUACUUCGUUCCAGUCGUCUUUGGAGUUAAUGAUAUUCCACCAGCAAAUGACUUCAUUUUUAAAAUUAAAAACAGUACAGAACCAAGUGAAAUAUCUUACCGAAAAUUACUGAGAGACCCUACAGGCAGACAGAACCCCUUGCUUCCUUAUUCUAAUAAACCCUGGUGUCCAUCCUGGAUAUAUAUAGCACCCUGUGAGUGUGGUGGCUCCCAAGGGUUUCCAAUUUUAACUUGCAAAGAGUUGGCACACUUUCAUGAUCUCCAUAGGAUUUUCAGUUCAUGGUUUCCUGUCACAGACUUUGGAAAGUUAAGCUUAACAAACUCUGAUAUUUCUACGUUAUCUAAAGGAAUAUUUGGAAAUAUAAGAUUUGAAUACAUUUAUGUUUAUAAAACCACUUUGAAAAAAGUAGAAAAAGGAGCUUUUGGUCAAUCUAAUGAAAGCUUAAAACGAAUUGAGAUAAUCCACAAUGAUCUAGAAACUUUUCCGUUUCAAGAUCUUCAGCAUUUUCUAAAGCUAGGUUACCUACAACUGAAAUACAACGGUAUAAAACGUAUUCCGGACUUUGCUUUUGGCUAUGUGCCUGAACUAAAAAAAAUCGACUUGUCCUUCAAUAAGAUAUUCCACAUUGGAUCAUAUGCCUUUAAGGAUCUUCCUUGUCUAGAGCAACUCGACUUGCGUUUUAACAAACUGGCUGUUCUGAACAACCAUGCCUUUCACUUGUCGAAACCCAAUAAUUUGUUGAAUCUGGACAUUUCCAAUAAUAAAAUUAUUCUCAUAGCUAAUGAGGCUUUCCAUAACCAAGUUCCAAAAGUUUUAAACAUUUCCAAAAAUAAUCUGAAAAAACUCAAAGAUACCGAGUUUAAACCUGUGCUGUUGAACAUGAUUGACAAGAAUGACGGAGUCCUUGUAGUUAAUGAUAACCGUUUCCUGUGCACUUGUGUAAAUGUGAAGUGGUUGCUUCGCUUAAGGGAAAGAAUCAGACGUCAUGUCAAAGGCUACUUUUGUUCAGAUUUAAAGAAACCUCUUUUUGAAAUUACCCUGAAUGAAAUUGAAUGUUACUGAAAAUCGUUUAUUCACAGAGAAAAUUUUAAAAAAGAAUGAUCCUAAUUAAAAAUUUAAUCAAAACCUUAUAACUGAACAAUAUUCCUGUACCUCUAGACUCUGCGGUUUUAUUAUCAACUUCUCUGUGACAUCCAACACUCAUUCAUCUUUAGAUGCUUGAAGUGACAUUGAUGUGAUGUUUUUCGUUAAUGGCGUAUCAUUAAUUUCAUCUUUAAUUAGCAUCCUUUAGUGUCAAGUAGUGAAUAUUCGGACACAUUCUGAAUAUUUCUAUUCUCAAUAUUUGAUGGUAAACCUAUUGCAAAAUAUCGUUUUGAUGGGAAUUUUGUAUCUUAUUCGACAUCAUCGAAUAAUAUAAGCAUUGUAUAAUACUGUUGAAUCAGUGAA